CCAACUCAACGAACAAAAAACUUCACCCAGUCAGUCCAGUCACUCAAUAAAUAGCUCGUUAACAAAAUGUUAUUAGAAAAUUGCACGUAAAUAUUGCUGUUUUUAAUGAAAUUGGAUUGUUACUGUUUUUGUGUAACUAUUAUUUAGUAAUACUAGCUUAGUAAUAAUGAAAAUAAUAAAUUAGUUUGGCUCGGAAUGGUAAUUUUUAUUCUGGUGAUGUGGCGACCCUGUGUGUGAAAAUGUGAGUCGUGUUUCAAUUUUUAUGGUAAAAAUGAUCAAAAAUACCGGAUUUUUGUUUGGGAUGUUCUAUAUUUUUUUAUGUACUUUCAUAAAUUGUUAUGAAAUAGAUCCUCUUGGUUACAUUUUAUAUUGUCCUUGCAUGGGCAGGUUUGGGAAUCAAGCCGAUCACUUUUUGGGAUCUCUUGGCUUCGCCCACGGCUUAAAUCGGACUUUAGUACUACCCCCAUGGGUUGAGUACCGCUAUGGACAACCCAGAUCCAUUCAAGUUCCUUUUAACAAAUAUUUCAAAGUAGGGCCUUUAAGAAAGUAUCACAAAGUCAUAACAAUGGAGGAAUUUAUGAAAGAUAUCGCCCCUUACGAGUGGCCUCCUGAAAAACGCAUUUCUUUUUGUUAUAUGAGCAGAGGUAGCUCAGACGACUGUAAUGCGAAAGAAGGCAACCCUUUUGGCCCCUUCUGGGACACCUUCAACGUCAAUUUUGUCGGCUCGGAAUUCUACAACCCCCUACAUUACGACACCUACCACCAUAACAUGGCGAAACAGUGGCACGAGAGAUACCCCCCGGCCAAAUGGCCCAUCCUCGCUUUUACCGGCGCCCCUGCUAGCUUUCCUAUACAGUUAGAAAACCGUCCCCUCCACAAAUACCUUGAAUGGUCCGACGCAAUUUCCCAAAAAGCCGACACUUUCAUCGCAAACACCCUCCCAAAAGGCGCUUUCAUCGCAAUCCACUUACGCAAUGGCAUCGACUGGGUCCGCGCUUGCGAGCAUAUUCCUGACAGCCCCAACUUGUUUGCAGCUCCUCAAUGUCUCGGCUAUCGCAAUGAGAAGGGCAAAGCCACCCCAGAAAUGUGCCUUCCGUCCAAACACACCAUCAUCAAACAACUGAAACGCGUCAUAAAACAAGCAAGCAUCGAAAACCCUAUCAAAGCCGUGUUUGUCUCUUCUGACAGUAAUCACAUGAUUGAGGAGUUGAACGAUGCGCUGAAAAGGGCCAAAAUCUGGGCUUUCAAAACGGACUCCAAUGAUCCCCAUCUAGAUCUAGCCAUCAUGGGGCGCGCGAAUUUUUUCAUCGGGAAUUGUAUUUCGUCAUUCAGCGCUUUUGUGAAACGAGAAAGGGACGCAAAAGGGUUUCCAUCGAGCUUUUGGGCUUUUCCACCAGAGAAAAAUUCGGCGGGAAAGAAGGAAACCCAUGUCAAAGACGAACUAUGAUUUAGUAGGCAAAUCAAAAAAUUUUUAUUCCGUAGUUUUACUUAACACUAAAGAACGAUUUUUGCAAACCAUGUCAGUGACUAUGUGAUAAUCCUGUAGGUUAGUUGCAUUUACAUGACAAAACUUUCGAACUGUUUAAAGCGAUUUCCUUUUUUUAUUUAUUUAUUAACAAAUUUGCACCUUAUUUUAAGAAAUCUCCUUUAUAAAUCAUUAGCAAGAAAGAUAAGAUAUUUCUAAUUUAAGUAAAAUAACAAGAAAUUAUUUGUAACUAUUUUUAUUUUAAUUUUGUAUUUAAUAGCAGUUAAGAUGCCUCAGAUGUGUUUUUUGACA